GUAAUCAUGUGACCUAGGCAGCUGUGACUUUAUCUGGGAACAUUCAUGACACCAGGAGAACACAACAGUUCACAAUGAAUCCUGUGAAGAAUCCAUGGCUGCUGCAUUUCAUUGGAUUAACUGCGCUCUUCCAAAUCACUGACACUACGUGGUGCUACGUCUGUGACAUCCCAAGUUCUGGCGACACCGCCUGUCCGUCCAUAAUCAAGUGCCCCGAUCACCAGAUGUGCUAUCUUCAGAAAUACAUUACCGUUAAAGGUCAGACAGGCUACCGAUCUGGUUGUCAGAACAAGACAAUAUGCAAUUCCUAUUCCAAACGGAAGGCCACCGUCGGUGUUGACCCUGUUGUCUGUGAAGCCUGCUGUGAUCACGACAGAUGCAACAGUCGUCUCUGCGGCGACAAAUCAAAUCUAUUUCCAACUACGGUGUGUUACGCAUGCCCUGCGACCUCUGACCCCACGCAGUGUAAGGCAGCCAGUCAUUGUGGACGAUACGAUAAAUGUGUCGAAUACAGCUACCAUGUUCCUCAAACUAACCAAAUCAUGUACUACCAGGGGUGUUCAACAAAACAGCGUUGCGAUGCGCUUGCUCUGUCAGCAUCUACCCCCCACCAAGGCGGGUUCCUGUUUCAACACCAGGCUUGGUACAACACUACGUGCUGCGACGGCUAUAUGUGUAAUGAUGGCACGGCACUGAUGGCGACAGCAACAGCGACACCGUCAACGUCAACCUAAACACGCGAACAUGAUGUUACCUCUGUCUUCACGUCACUCAGCCUCGUUGUUGUUUUUAGCAUUUACGUUUUGAGUUGUUUUAAAUUAACCCUUAACAGUAUACAUAAACUGAAACAAUGGA